AUGUCUCUCACCGACCUCGCAGCUCGAAUCACCGCAAACGCCCAGCUCCUCGAUGCCCAUCUCCAGUCACACAACCUGCCAUACCCAUCCACAGCUCCCACCGGAUCCCCCGACUUCCCCAACCCGAACAAUGACCCGGCCGUGGAAUCAGCCCGCAUAGCCAUUCUUGAAGACACCCAGACUCUGCGCAACUACGCUCUCGGGCCAGCGCAGGUCGUCCGCGAACUAUGCUGGAGUGUAUGCUAUGUCCUAUCCAACCCACACUAA